AUGGCGUCGAAGGCGCCGUUGUUGGAGGGCAAGAAGGGCGGGCACUCCAAGGCCUCUAUCUUCUACGGGGAUCACGAGAUCGCGGCGCUGAAGAACCUGCUGCCUGGCGACAACGAUGCAAAUGCCGCAGGGGUGGCCCAGAGCUUGAAGACCAACCGGCUCUUCCCCACCGCCAACAAGCAGUACAUGUGGAACGUGCUCACAGCGAUCUUGGUGACGCAAGUGCUCAUGGUGUGCGAGUACUGUGCUGCACUGGCAACUUUCCCGGAGCACUGGUGGACCUGCACCCUGUGCUUCGGCAUUCCUUUUUCUUACAUCGCCAUCCAGAACAUCUACAUCGACCACGAUGUGAUGCAUGGUGCAACCUUUCCGGUGUACGAAUGGCAGAAGUUCCUCACCCACCCCUUUGCUGACUUCUUUUCCCUGCCUUGGGAGGAGUUCCACUAUGCGCUUCAGCAGUGGGCAGGCCCCAUGGGACCCAACUGGUACAAGUACCUCCUCACUGUGCCCUGGAUCCCCAUCAUCCACUUCUUCGGCCUGAACGACACAGGGUCUGCUCUUUGCCCUGGUUCAUGCCGCCGUGUCCUUUUUGCCCGCAUCGGCUACUCAGCGGCCUGGAUGUUCAUCACCAACUUCACCCAUUCCUUGCCUUGGAACGAGUUCCUGGCCAACGACCCCGGCCGCACUUGGCCCGUGCUGCACAACAUGAUGGCCCUGAUCUUGGGAGGGAAGCACCGCUGGAACGAGAUGCUGUUCCAUGACGUGCACCACGCCUUCCCGAACGCGGUGGGCACUCUGAGCCAGCGGGGCCGCUUCCACGGCUGGGAGAAGGUGCACGAUGCCGCCGCGGAGGUCUUGCACCGGGGGCUGUGGAAGGCCAACGGGGACGAAGAAACGCAGAUGCAGAAAACGCAAAAGAAGCGCUCCAUGAUGAUGAAGCAGGGCAAGUUCAAGGCUUCUCUUGAGUUUUCGGUCAUGGCGUCGACGUUGUUGGAGGGCAAGAAGGGCGGGCACUCCAAGGACUUCUACGGGGCCGACGAAUAUUUGGAGGAUCACGAGAUCGCGGCGCUGAAGAACCUGCUGCCUGGCGACAACGAUGCAAAUGCCGCAGGGGUGGCCCAGAGCCAGGACAAAAUGCUCAAGGUGGAGAAGAACAGCGAGAACAGGUACAUGUGGAACGUGCUCACAGCGAUCUUUGUGACGCAAGUGCUCAUGGUGUGCGAGUACUGUGCUGCACUGGCAACUUUCCCGGAGCACUGGUGGACCUGCACCCUGUGCUUCGGCAUUCCUUUUUCUUACAUCGCCAUCCAGAACAUCUACAUCGACCACGAUGUGAUGCAUGGUGCAACCUUUCCGGUGUACGAAUGGCAGAAGUUCCUCACCCACCCCUUUGCUGACUUCUUUUCCCUGCCUUGGGAGGAGUUUGUGCUUGAGCACAACCGCCACCAUGCUAGCACAGUUGACUUGAUGAUCCAGGGAGAGUUUGGUUGGGAUCCUGAGGAGUUCCACUAUGCGCUUCAGCAGUGGGCAGGACCCAUGGGACCCAACUGGUACAAGUACCUCCUCACUGUGCCCUGGAUCCCCAUCAUCCACUUCUUCGGCCUGAACGACACAGGGUCGCUCUUUGCCCUGGAGUGGUGGAUGCACUUCCCUGAUGAGGGCACCGGCGGCAAGUGCAACAAAGAGUUUUGGAGCAAGUGGGUCCCCCGGCGAGUGAAGCACAACGCCUUCGUGCUGAGCCUUUGGGCGUGCGCCUCUCAGCGAGGGCUGGAGGUUCAUGUUCGCCGUGUCCUUCUUUGCCCGCAUCGGCUACUCAGCGGCCUGGAUGUUCAUCACCAACUUCACCCAUCCUUGCCUUGGAACGAGUUCCUGGCCAACGACCCCGGCCGCACUUGGCCCGUGCUGCACAACAUGAUGGCCCUGAUCUUGGGAGGGAAGCACCGCUGGAACGAGAUGCUGUUCCAUGACGUGCACCACGCCUUCCCGAACGCGGUGGGCACUCUGAGCCAGCGGGGCCGCUUCCACGGCUGGGAGAAGGUGCACGAUGCCGCCGCGGAGGUCUUGCACCGGGGGCUGUGGAAGGCCAACGGGGACGAAGAAACGCAGAUGCAGAAAACGCAAAAGAAGCGCUCCAUGAUGAUGAAGCAGGGCAAGUGA